CGGUUGUGAUGGAAACGGCGUUCAGGCGCUGACCUCUGACCCCUUGAGGCUGCCCGGAGGGACGAGAGUCCCCAAUCAGAAUUUUCGCAGCAGAUUUUUCCGCUACGGAAAUUUCACCAUGUGCACAGUGGAGCAGAAUCCCAUUGAAACCAACGAGACUCUGCUGCAACGGAAGUUGAAUUUUUCCGACCGGUUAACAGAGUGAGCAGGGACAGCAGUGAUACCAGAUCACUCGAUAACAAAGUCCCAUCCGUCACCAUUACCCUAUAGAGAUGUCGGUGUUUGAGAAGGAGGCACCAGAAUCCCAUUGGGAAGUGAAGUCUGAAGAACAGCUCGAUAUCACCCCUGCCAAAGGCUUUGUGGGAAAUGUAGGCAGCUAUAGGAAAUCCUUUCAGUGGUGGAAUUGCAAUCAGUAUAGAACCAAACCCACACCUGCCACAUCAGCAAAAUCAGAACCCUUGGAGGACAGUUCAGAUACCCACGUGGCUCACGAGGACUCCCCACCCCCUCCUUGCCCAGACUGUGGACGGACGUUCCAAACUCUACGCGCGCACAGACUUCACAGGCGCAACCAUGCCGCCGAUCUUUCCUAUACCUGCAAGGACUGUGAUGUGGCCCGUGCUGGAGCAAGCGAGGGCAGUGAGAAACCUUAUUCUUGCUCUGACUGUGGGCGUCGCUUCUGCUGGCUUUUGGCUUUACACAGUCAUCAUGAACAGCACACAGGGGAACGUGGCUACCAGUGCUCACAGUGUAGUAAGCAUUUUCCCAGCCAACCAACAUUCCGUAGACACCAACAAGCUCAUCGGAAGGAUCGUGUUUGUGUCUGGUGUGGUAAAGCUUUCAACUGUUCGGCCAAACUCUCCCGUCACAUGCGUAUCCACACUGGAGAAAGACCGUACCAAUGCCCUGAGUGCCCACAAGCAUUCACACAGCUAGAGACUCUUCGGGUCCACCAGUGGGUACAUGAGGAUUCCAAGCCCUACCAAUGUCAGGAUUGUGGGCGAAGAUUUCGGGCCAAACACACUUUCGAGAAGCACAGAAACUUACAUAUCUCUCGGAAGCCUCAUGUAUGUCCCAUGUGUGGCAAGACUUUCUUCUUCUCCUCUCGGUACAAGCGCCAUCUUCGCAUUCACACAGGAGAGAGACCCUUCCAUUGCCAACAAUGCGGCAAGAGCUUUAACCAGCGUUCCAAUUACCAAAGGCAUAGGGCAGUGCAUGCCGGCAAGAGACCAUUCCCUUGUACCUUUUGCGAGAAAAGUUUCAGCCAAGCAUCCAACUACCGACGGCAUCUUCAGAUUCACCGGAAGGGGAGGGACAGGUGGGAAGAGAAAGAAGAGUAUAAAUGUAUUGAGUGUGGAGUACGCUUCACCCAAGAAGGUGGGCUCCAUGAGCACUAUAUACAGCAUGCCAGGGGGGAGUUGUCAAUGAAGAAUCUACCACAAUCCCCAUCUGGAACCAUGAAGUUGUCUGCAUGACCAUUGUAGGAAAAUGCUGGUUCCUUUCCAAAAUGUAAACCUACACACUCACAUUGCACAAGUACUGUAUAUGUUGAGACUGUAUCAGGUGCCAGCUGUCAGGUAAUAUGGGAUGCUGGCCACCAGGGGAGCUAUUUACCUCACUGUAUUGCCCAACAUUUAUCUGCCUGCAAACUAUCUGCUCUGGAGCCUAAUGAACAAUUAAAUUCAUUGAGGACACCUAGCAUGGUCCACAGAGAAAAGGGGGGCACUGCCACCUGUGCCCGUGUUGCACUUAGUCUGUAUAGAGUUGGCAUAUCCACUUCUGAAUUAUUUAUAAUAAAUUAAAAAAAAAAACACUUCCUUGGUAUAUAAUGUACACUUAAUGGUCUGUGUUUGUAUGUCACUAUGAAAUUAUAUUCUAGAAAAUAAAAUCUGUGUAAUAG